UCUUCCGUUCUGUGUCUGCACAUCCUCAUGCCGGGAAUGUGGCACAUAAUGGAGGCAACACAAGAUUCAUAUCGCCUGUCUGAUCGUCUCAUACGUGCUGUGAGCAAGUGGGGCUUUGAUCAAGGGGAUGAAGACAUUACACAACUCAUAGAAGCAGGAGCAGAGGUAAAUAGGCUUCAUGGUACUCUGCUACCGUUACAUUGUGCCUGCAUGGUUGCUGAUUCUGAUGUCACUGAGCUGUUGAUUAACAAAGGCGCACGGGUAAAUGAUACUGAUGGCUAUGGAAGAUGUGCAAUCCAUUAUGCUGCUGAGAAAGAUGUAGACUGUAUCAAAGUGUUACUUCGGCAUGGUGCUAACAUUAACCAAGGAGACCUGAACAAUGAUACAGCCCUGCACUGGGCGUGCUACAAGUGUGAGCCAAAGUGUGUGAGGCUGCUCCUCAAAUUUGGGGCUAAUAUCAACGCCGCAGACUACAACAAUGACACGCCCAUCAGCUGGGCUGCUCGCAAAGGUAAUGUUGAAGUCAUCGGGAUACUGCUGGACUUCAAUGCCAAUCUAGACAUUAAAAAUUUCUUUGGGUUCACGCCAUUGCAAAGAGCUGCAAGUGUUCAGGCAUCUGGGCUGAACACAGAGGAUGAUGAUGACACUCUGGAGUUGCUGAUCAAAGCCUCGGGACAGUUUAAUCUCCUAGACGAGUCCGGUGAGGUGCUGAGGGUGGUCCAGCGAGACAGCCGUCUGGAGGAGAUUAUGCAGCCGCUGUGCCGACACCCGAGACCUCUGUUGCAACUGUGUCUUCAUCGAAUCAGGAAGUCUCUAGGCCCUUGUUAUCUCCCUUAUAUCGUUCCAUCUCUUCCUGUGCCGCGCAAAGUGAAAGAAUACCUACUACUAAGACAUGAGUCGCCACGAUACCUCAGGCCAAGCUCAAAUGAGACGGACAGUGAUUGACUUGGUACCUGGAGUAUAUUUAACUGAUGUUUUGAAGACCGAUUCUACCUUUCAUCUGCUCGACCGGUGUAUGCAAUUUAUCUCAGACGACUCCAGUGACUGGCUUGUCUUUUGUGAUGGGCACAAGGGAGGCUAUUCUAUUGUACUUGACAAAAAUAGUUACAGAGGUUAGACCUUUGAGUCCUACUUUCA